GUUGAAAUUUGUCUGUCCCUAAUUACCUAUUAACUACAAACCUCCUAUGGUUUUUUACCUUUCUCUUCCCUCCCAAAACAAGCAAACAUUACCAUCAUUAACAAAACUUCUUCCUUAAUUUCUCGUUCUUUCGCUCUUCAUAUGGUGAAGAGGCUAAAUGUACGGACGUUUUUUUUAUUUCACCUUCACCAUAUACACUAGGAGGAAGGAAUUAAUGAAUGAUCUAUAGUUUUUUUUUUUUUGUAACAUACUAAAAUUUUGUCUAGGAUACAAUUAUUAGUACACAUUAUAAUAUACUGUCUGUUUGACAUUUUUCACGGGAAUUAAGAAAUUAGAAAAAAUGAACGAUCUAUUCUCAAACUCGUUCAAGCAACACUCGGAUUUGGAGCAACAAGGCUUCAAAUACGACGUGGAGGCCGCGACAGAAGGGAUGAACCUCGAUAAGUUCUUCGACGAUGUGGAGAAGGUAAAGGGUGACAUGAAGGAGGUUGAGAGGCUUUACAAGAGGCUACAAGACUCGAACGAGGAGUGUAGGACGGUCCACAAUGCUAAGACCAUGAAGGAGCUUCGUGCUCGAAUGGACUCGGAUGUGGCUCAAGUCCUUAAGAAGGUUAAGGUUAUUAAAGGUAAACUUGAAGCCCUAGACAAAUCCAAUGCACAGGCCCGAAAUGUGCCGGGUUGCGGGCCGGGUUCCUCGGCUGAUAGGACCCGAUCGUCGGUGGUGAGUGGCCUAGGGAAGAAGCUUAAGGACAUGAUGAAUAACUUCCAAGCCUUAAGAGGGAAAAUGCAAUCCGAGUACAAAGAAACCAUGGAGAGAAGGUACUUCACUAUCACCGGAGAGAAGGCGGAUGAGACGAUGAUCGAGAACCUAAUCGAGAGUGGAGAGAGCGAAAACUUCCUCCAAAAGGCGAUACAAGAUCAAGGGAGAGGCCAAAUACUCGACACGAUUUCGGAGCUACAAGAAAGGCAUGAUGCAGUGAAGGAGAUUGAGAAGAAUUUGAUUGAACUUCACCAAGUCUUCCUAGACAUGGCUGCAUUGGUUGAGGCUCAGGGUCAACAACUUAACAACAUCGAAAGCCACGUGGCUCACGCGAGCUCGUUCGUGAGGCGUGGGACGGAAGAGCUUGUGGAGGCAAGGGUGCAACAGAAGAGCUCAAGGAAGUGGUAUUGCAUUGCUAUUUUGGCUGCCAUUGUGCUUAUUAUUGUCCUUAUUUUUCCAUUGUUUAUGAAUGUUAUUUUGCCUCACUUGGUUUAACAAAAAAAAAGAGUUUGUUUUGUUUUGAGGAAACAAGCUAAUUUAAGGCAUACAUUAUUAGAUUUUGUACAUUUUUUUUGCAACUUUUAGGGAUGAAAAUGCUUGCUUGGUUUCCUUUGUGAAGUUUUGUUUUAGGACCGAAAUUUGAAAAGAUAUUUCAAAUAUGUAAAUUUGGAGUUGUAUUUUUCCUUUCUAGUUGUAACUUGUACGGAUUAAAACAUUUAUGUAUAAGAAGUACAUCUUUUUUCAUAAAA